GGCCAGAGGCAAGAGAUGUCCUGCAUGUGGGUCGAUCAGGACGCGCCCGGUCCCGGAAGGAAGCUUUGCGGCAAACUCUUCAACUCCCUCCACGAUAUCGUGACGCACCUCACCGUGGAGCACGUGGGCGGUCCCGAGUGCACCACGCACGCGUGUUUCUGGCAGGGAUGCUCCCGUAACGGCAGGGCCUUCAAGGCCAAGCACAAGCUCGUCCAUCACAUAAGGGUGCAUACCGGCGAGAAACCCUUCCCCUGCCCGUUCCCUGGCUGCGGGAAAGUCUUCGCGAGAUCGGAGAACUUGAAAAUUCACAAGAGGACGCACACCGGCGAGAAACCGUUCAAGUGUGAAUACUCGGGUUGCGAGAGGCGCUUCGCGAACAGCAGCGACCGCAAGAAGCACAGUCACGUCCACACCUCCGACAAGCCUUACAAUUGUCGAGUUUCUGGAUGCGACAAGUCGUAUACUCAUCCUAGCUCGUUGCGCAAACAUAUGAAGGUGCACGGCAUGACCCUUGGCGAGGGCAAGAUAGGAGGAGGCUACGAGAGUGAGGGUGAAGAGAGCAGCAGCAGCGGGGGUAGCUUGUCCGUAACCGGGCAUACCGAGUCGCCGCAGCCGCCUCCGGUCGUCCCGACGACGACCGCGACCAACCCACCGUCGAGCCAUCCUUCGACUAGGGGCCCAGAGUUGACGGAGUGGUACGUCUGUCAGCCGCCAACGGUCGGUCCCCAGCACAGCCCCUUGCCGGGUCCACCGCCUCCCCAUCACCUCGGCCCGCACCACUUCAACCCGUUGAUGCAUCACCAGGCGACCGCUUACUAGUUUUCCUCAACCGA